UCGCAGAGAACUGGAGACUGAGUAACAGCAGGUAAUUUCAUCCCUCAUAUAUAUAAAUUUUCCCCAACAAUUGCGAAAAAACAGCAGAAUUGAAGUUAUUCAGCUAUGGAGUUUGAGGUGAAACUGGUAGGGGGAAUUGAAAGCUGCUUUAUCUCUCUUCCUCUUCCACUCAUCCAAACCCUACAGUCCGGUUACCUCCCUCCAAUUCUCGCAGUCGAGCUCCGCUCCGGUGGAAGCCUCUGGCACGUGGCUUGGUGCGGCUCCGCCUCUUCCUCCCCUUCUUCAAUUGAGAUUGCUCGUCAGUAUGCGGAUUGCAUUGGAUUGAGUGACCGGACUGCAGUUAGUGUUCGUGUAGUUAGUCAUUUACCCAAGGCUACGCUGGUGACAAUCGAGCCGCUUACGGAGGAUGAUUGGGAGAUCUUGGAGCUUAAUUCCGAGCUCGCCGAAAGUUCUAUUCUGAAGCAGGUUGGAAUUGUUCAUGAAGGGAUGAGAUUUCCAUUGUGGUUGCACCGACAAACAGUUGUCAUGUUUCUUGUCAUGUCAACCUUUCCCCAGAAACCAGUAGUCCAACUUGUGCCUGGAACUGAAGUUGCAGUAGCUCCAAAGAGACGUAAAAAUCCAUCCACACAGUCUUCAGAGGAGGGUGGUUUAAGUGCGAAAGCACAAUUGCGUCUCCAAGAUUCAGACAGUAGAUUCAUUUAUAAAUGUGAGGAGAAUGGUGUUGAAAUGGACGUGGUGUUCACUUCUGGUGUUUUCAUCCAUCCAGAAACAGCUAAAAAAUAUUCAUUCGCUCCUCUUCAGUUUGUAGUGAUAUGUCCGCAAAAACUUUCAAAAGAUGGGAAGAAAAAGUUGCAUUCGAAAAGUGUUUCAAAGGAAAAGGAAGCCAACAAUGGUAAUCCUAUCGAUAAGCGGGAUGACCAUGAAGUCGUCGUUCGUGUAUUGUUAUCCGAAUCAGUGGCUAAAGGACACGUAAUGCUAUCUCAGUCUCUUCGCCUCUAUUUGGGAGCAGGAAUACACUCUUGGGUAUAUGUGAAAAGGUACAACAUUAACGCGAAGAAAGAUAUACCUCUAGUUUCUGUUUCACCUUUCCAUUUCAAGAUGUUUCAAAACGACGAAAUUAUUGAGAAUAGCAGUCUAGACGUUGUAAGUAACCAUGAGAACCACAAAAGAAAAGACGCGAUCAAAAGAAUCAGCUCAAAUGCAGAAAUGGGUAUUAGUGAUUGGUCUAUGCAUGAAAAGAUUAUUGCGGCUCUUUCUUGUGGCUCUCCCCUUGAUGAUGCUGAAGAAACAACUACUGCAAUUGGAGAAGCACAUAGGAAGGUUGGCUAUAGAAGUGGUUUAUCAUCUCUUUUGCGUGCAUGGUGUCUGGCUCAGCUUCGUACACUUGUUUCAAAUUCAGUAGAGGAUGUAAGUUCUUUGGUUAUAGGAUGCAAAACAUUACUACAUGUAAAAAUAAAAAAUCACAAACUUUUGAGACACGGCAAGAUACAAACAUCUAGAAGCAAAAACAGAAACCAAGCUGAAGAACCAUCAGUUGAUGCCCUUUAUAUUUUGUCACUUGCUGAGGAAUCUCUACAUGAUGGCAUUCAUGCGUAUGAACUUGCAUUUGACAAAAGCAGUUCGGAUAACUAUAGUUCCAGAAGUUUAGACACGUUGCUUGGAAAGCUGCAAGUGGGUGAUAUUUUAUUCUCUCCUGCAGCCCAUGAGAGACGAGCUGAUAACUUCCUUAGUGCAGCAAUUUCUUCAUUGGAUUGGAUGGGUGCAGCUCCAUUUGAUGUAAAUUACAGGUUGAUAGCGUUAUUAUCUCCUACUUCUGGAAUGUUGUUCAGUAGCUAUAAUCUUCCAUUGCCUGGGCAUAUCCUGAUCUACGGACCUCCAGGUUCUGGAAAAACAUUAUUGGCGAAAGUCUCUGCCAAAUCUGUUGAAGAACGUAAAGAUAUUUUGGCACACGUAAUUUUUGUUUCUUGUUCUAAACUCACUUUGGAGAAGCCUCCAACGAUCCGUCAAGUGCUUUCCAACUACAUCUCUGAAGCUUUAAAUCAUGCACCCUCGGUCAUUGUCUUGGAUGAUCUUGAUAGCCUCAUCACACCUUCAUCAGAUCUAGAGGGAUCUCAACCUUCAUCAUCUUCUGCAGCACUCAUCGAGUUUCUUGCUGAUAUAUUAGAUGAAUAUGAGGAAAAGCAAAGGAGCAUGUGUGGAAUUGGACCCAUAGCAUUCAUUGCUACUGUGCAAUCCCUUACUAAUUCUCCACAGAGCUUGAGCUCUUCCGGAAGAUUCGACUUUCAUGUCAAUCUGCCUGUACCUGCUGCUGCUGAACGUGCUGCCAUAUUGAAACACGAGAUGCAGAAGCGAUCCUUGCAAUGCUCUGAGGAUCUGUUGUUAGAGAUAGCAUCCAAAUGUGAUGGAUAUGAUGCUUAUGAUCUGGAAAUACUGGUCGAUAGGUCUGUGCAUGCUGCCGUUGGUCGCACAUUGUCUUCCGAUUUGGGCAAUGGAGAAAAUGAGAAACCUACUUUGCUCAGAGAUGACUUUAUGCAAGCAAUGCAAGAUUUCCUUCCAGUGGCCAUGCGUGACAUCACUAAACCAGCUACUGACGGUGGUAGUUCUGGCUGGGAUGAUGUUGGAGGUCUCAAUGACAUUCGAAAUGCUAUAAAAGAGAUGAUUGAGCUACCCUCGAGAUUUCCUAACGUCUUUGCACAAGCUCCACUGAGAAUGCGGUCCAAUGUUCUCUUAUAUGGUCCCCCGGGUUGUGGAAAAACGCAUAUUGUUGGUGCUGUUGUUGCAGCCUGCUCACUGCGGUUCAUCUCUGUUAAAGGGCCUGAGUUGCUUAAUAAAUAUAUUGGUGCUUCUGAACAAGCUGUUCGGGAUAUCUUCUCUAAAGCAGCUGCAGCAGCUCCAUGCCUUCUCUUUUUUGAUGAAUUUGAUUCUAUCGCUCCAAAGAGAGGACACGAUAAUACUGGAGUUACUGAUAGAGUCGUCAAUCAAUUUCUGACAGAAUUAGAUGGAGUUGAAGUCUUGACCGGUGUAUUUGUUUUUGCUGCUACUAGUCGGCCGGAUUUGCUUGAUGCUGCCCUUCUACGGCCUGGUAGGCUGGAUCGACUUUUAUUUUGCGAUUUCCCAUCUCAGCAGGAGAGGCUGGACAUUCUGAAGGUCCUUUCGAGAAAGUUACCGAUGGCUAGUGAUGUUGAUUUGGAACGCGUAUCACAUAUGACUGAAGAGUUUAGUGGAGCAGACCUUCAAGCUCUUCUUUCCGACGCACAACUCGAAGCUGUCCACGAACUUUUGGACAGCAAAAACGGCGGCAGCACAAACGGGGAGAUGCCUGUCAUAACCAGUGCUGUUUUGAAAUCCAUUGCAUCCAAAGCUAGACCAUCAGUUUCUGAAGCUGAGAAGCGAAAGUUAUAUGAUAUUUACGGCCAGUUUCUCGAUUCAAAACGGUCCACUGCUGCUCAGUCGAGAGAUGCAAAAGGCAAAAGGGCAACUCUAGCUUAGUUUAAUCUGAAACGCAGUGGAGGUAGUAGUUUCGGGCAAUUCAGUGGCGUUGAGUCACUUCUUUUCUUCAUGUGUUGUAUUAGAUUAAUUUUAAACUUAAUAUUAAAUAAAAUAAAAUAAAAUUUUAUAUCCUUUGCUGGCUAAAAGUCUUGUCAAAAGUUGUAUUACGAUUAUUUUUCUUAUAAUAAACAACUUUCACUUAUUUGUUU